AUGGAGAAGAUGGAAGAACUCACCAAACUAGCCAAACUCUUGUUUCUACUCUUGGCCUUCACUUUUGCUGCUCAAGUUAUAAUACAAGCCAACGAAACAGAAGCAAGAGUGUUUGAGUCCUAUCAACCCCAGAGAGAUCAAAGAAUAAAGGGUGGCAAUGAGGCAUGGAGAAUGAGGAAAUCAUGGAGAACCAUGAUUGGAUCAACAGCACCAACUUGCACUUACAAUGAGUGCAAAGGAUGCGAGUACAGGUGCAGAGCUGAGCAGGUGCCUGUGGAGGGGAAUGAUCCAGUCAAUAGCCCCUAUCACUAUAGAUGUUUCCAUUACAUUCUUCUUCCCAAUUUUCAUGCGCUCAAAGGUGCAGAACUCUAG